CUCCCUCACUCAUUAUCUGCGGACAUCAAGUCAGAUUUUUCGAAAGACCAAGGAGCCAGCGUCAACAAUAUAUGUGCCUGGUCAUGCUUCUUCGACUCAUCCUGGACGCCAAUCCGAAACGUCAAUAUUGACAUGACAGCACCACGCGUUGGACAGGGAUUCGCGUUUGAUAUAGUGCAUGGACGCUAUAAUUGACUGAACUUGAGGCAACCAUUUUUCAAACUGUCCCUUCUCAGUCGUCGACGCACUAAGAGCGCUGAAGCAUGCCCAAGAAGGAUGUCGACCUUGUCAGAGAGAUUCUGGAAAGUCGGGAAUACAACGCUAGCCAGAUUCCCACAGAGCAACUUGAGCAAGCAGCCGCUCAGAUCGAGGAUGAGACACUUAAACACCGGUUGCUAGGACCGUCUUUGACAAAAUCUGGGCAGGACGCCGUGGAUCAGAAGAAAGUCGCGGAAAUUAUUUACAAUGCAUCCAAAGGAUCCAAGUUCUUCAACAAUGAAGAAGCCAGGGAUAGGCAGUUGACAGAGAAGAUCAACCGUAUCCUUGACCGCAAACGACAGCUUGAGAAACUAGAUCUUAGUCAUGACCUCAGAAAAGCCGAUGAAUACAUCACUCAGCUUGAGCUACGGCGAGACUUGUCCCAGACUAUCAUUCACAUAGACUGCGAUGCCUUUUAUGCUGCGGUAGAAGAGCUGGACCGACCAGAGCUACGGGACGUUCCCAUGGCGGUCGGUAUUGGCGUACUCACUACAUGUAACUACCACGCCAGAAAAUUUGGCUGCAGAAGCGGUAUGGCCGGGUUUGUAGCUCGAAAGUUAUGUCCCCAGCUUAUUUGUCUUCCUUUAAAUUUUGCGAAAUACUCUGCAAAAGCAGAAGAGGUAAGGAACGUGUUAAGAAAGUACGAUCCAAAUUUCGAGAGCGCUAGUUGUGAUGAAGCAUACUUAAAUAUCACCAAAUGGUGCAAGGACCAUGAUAUGGAACCGGAAGCGGCAGUGAGCCAGCUUCGGGCAGAAGUGCACGAAAAGUGCAAGAUUACGGUGUCUGCUGGCAUCGCGAGCAACGCAAAGCUAGCCAAGAUUUGUAGCAACAAGAACAAGCCAAACGGACAGUUCAGGAUACUUCCAGACAGGACAAGCAUCAUGGCAUUCAUGCGCGACCUCCCAGUGCGCAAGGUCAACGGCAUUGGCAGGGUUUUUGAACGAGAGCUCGACGCUGUGGGCAUCAAAACUUGUGGAGACAUAUACGAAUAUCGAGCGAUGCUGACGAAAUUAUUCGGUGAGAAGGCGUUUCAGUUCUUAAUUAACUGUUAUCUUGGGCUCGGCAGAACAAAUAUCGCUCCUCCAGAUGAAUCGCAGCGUAAAAGCGUUGGCACGGAAAGCACGUUCCAUGAAAUUCAAGGUACUGAAGCGUUGCGAGACAAACUUCGAAGCACUGCUGCGGAAUUGGAAGGCGACCUGAAGAGAACCGAAUACAAAGGGCGAACGCUUGUCCUCAAAGUCAAACUUCACACGUUCGAAGUUCUGACUCGCCAGACAAUACCACCUCAUGCUGUCUGCAAAGCAGAUGAUCUGUAUAAAUAUGCCCUUCCCAUGCUUACAGCUUUAGAGAAGGAGAUCCCGGGAUUGCGCCUUCGCUUGAUGGGACUUCGAUGCACGGGACUCGUAAGCACAGCAAAGCGCGAUGUUGACUUUUUCGGCGUUAAGCGCUCAAAUAGUGGAUAUUCCGAAGGUAGCCUCAAUCCGAAACGAAUCGUAGAUGCUGAUGGCUGGGAGAUCUGGCCAGACGCUGAAUUUGAAGAAGCCGCAAGACGGGAAAGACAGGCGGAUAUGGCGGAUAUGGCACGUUUAAGCCAGGAACAGGACGAGGAGAAUCAUUCAGGAAGGCCGCCAGUCACGAACAAGGACACACCUUCGCAAAAUACAUGGGACUGUCCAAUCUGUCAACGUCCUCAGCCAGCGAACGAACGUCUACUUAACGAGCAUAUCGAUUCGUGUUUAUCGAAGCAGACAAUCCGCGAGGUAGUCCACGAGACCGAAGUGGAGAGCGAGAGAAACGCUCUAGUCGUGGAGAGACCUCAUACUCUGCCUUCCCGACUGGUUAGCAAUAAGAAGCGCGGUCGUCCGAAGAAGCAAGAAUCCGGCAGGAACAUCAAGCAAACUAAGUUGUUUUCAUGAGAUCAAGCUUUGAAAUUCGACGCAGUGAAAAUAAUGAAGACUUACACCAAGACAUAUUAAUCCUUAAGAACCAAAUAGCAUCACUCAAAUCUUAGAUCGAAUUGAUGCUGAGAUUUGUCAGCAUCUACUCUUCACAGUUUGCCGAGAGGGAUGUUCGAAGAGUCUGUGAAGAAAACACUGCCAGAAUAUUCGGCUUCCUGAUUCCUUGCCAUCUCUGGAUUGUUGCCGAUGGUGCCUAUUUCUAUCAUAUGUCAACGAGAUGCUCUCAAAUCAAAAUUUCAAAUCAAUCGGUAACAGAGAAUGGAGAUCGGCAUUGAAAAGCUUUAAACGUAUCCUUUUAGAAAUCUGGCCGAAGGAAAUGGCCAUGCAAGCUGUUGGGCACGAUAUCUGAUAUCUUAUCUAAGAUCGAGAGGAAAUUGCCAUGAUUGUGUUCUAGGAUUUCAACCGUAGGCAGUUACGCGUAGUCCUUGAAUAUAGUCAGAUCAUUUGAGUUUAUCUUCAAGGCUGCUCGCUGGGCAGAACGUUGGACUUUGAGAAGGAUGAAAAGACAUCAUAGGCUUAAAUAGGUAACUACAUGAAUUACACCAGAAAUCAGAGACGUACUCUUUGUGCUCUCCCGCCG